AUGAUUAAUGAAGAGAGGCCUACUAACGAGCGAGUGAUUGUUAUGGUGGAAGGAGCCAAGGCCGCCGCCGACAAGAGCGGCGCUGCGCCCCUUGAAUAUGCUCUGCGCGAAGUGACGCGGCCCAGCGACGAGGUUUUCGUUCUCGCCGUGUUCAAUGCCAAGGCGGAGGCCGAGACCGAGGCAUCGCCUUUGCCGAGCACGGGUUGUUGUUGUAUGGGGGAAGAACGGUUGGAUCAGAAUUCGAAUACAAACACAAGUGACCGAGAUUCAUGUAUCUGGUUUCUAGAGGAAGAGAUUAAUCAGAGAAAGGAGACGUACCAGCAGAUCUUUAGACCUUACUACGAUAGAUGCAAGGGCAGUGGGGUAAAGUUCCGUGUGAAGAUCGCGGCCAGCUUUCAGCCACUGGCCUUGGUAGCCGAAGAGGCAAACAAUGUGGACGCCACUUGGAUUGUCAUGGACAGGUGUUUUGUUGGCGAGCAAAGUUUCCAAAUAUACAGAGCCAGUUGCAGCGUGGCUCUGGUGAGCAGCGACGAGGUGAUUGUCGCCAAUAGGAAUUCGAUAGUCCAAGAACUAAAUCCCAAUCCAAAAUCUCUUGAAAACAAAUAUGAAGCACGUUUUCCUUCUCUUGCUAGUACGAUUAAUGGAGGCGGCGAGUCGUCAAAUACAAGCAACAAUCCGGCGGAGUUGCUGCCGGGAAAGAGCUCUGCUUCCGAUGACGACAAUAUCAUCCUCACUGGAUUUUCCAAGGUCAAUCUGGCGGCGAGAAUGCCAUUGCAACUAAGCUGGGAAGUGCUCGAGGAAGUAACAGGCGGAUUCACAAGAAUGACUUGCAUGGAGGAGAACGAGAGUUGUAAGUUAUACUGUGGAUAUUUAAGCGACCAUCACUCACAAUUUUUAGUGAAAAUAUUGCCUGGACAACUGGAUUACGUCGUGGAAGCAGAAAAGAAAGCAGCUUCGGCUAUGUAUCAUAGAAAUAUAUUGGGCUUGUUUGGUUAUCACAUAAGCGAAGAUGCCACGGUCCUCGUCUACCCCUUUACCAGAAGAUGGACAUUGAACAAGUUUCUCCACUGCUUGAAGGGGAAGCGCUUAAAGUUGACGUUUCCAGAAAAAUUGAAGGUGGCCAUAGGAAUUGCUCGAGGUGUUCGGUACAUGCAUGAAGAAUGCCCUCGAGGCCCCAUUGUUCAUGGCGACUUGCGGCCAUGCAACAUUUUUCUGAACUCUGACUUGGAGCCACUGGCUCGACCAUUGUUACUACAAAGAGCAUACCAUGAAUUGUUGGAUGAAGACACAGAAUAUGUUGACAUGUAUGGAAUAUAUAGAGUGAUGAGUGUUGCAGCUCAAUGCCUGAGGGCUAAGCCAAUUUCCCGACCUUUCAUGACGGAGGUAAUCUGCCUUCUUAAGGGAGAAACUUCAUGUGCGGUGGAACUAUCGCCAUCAUCGGAGGAUAGUUCGAGUACAGACCUUGUCGUUUAG